GAGUCGGUAGCGGCGAGUGACGUAAACAAACACACGUCAGGUGCAGACGAACUGGCCACGCUGGGACCUGCCGACGCCCCACGCCUGAUCAGUGUGAGGCAGCGUGCGGCGGCAGUGCGGUGAGCCAGUGCUGCGAGGGAAUUACAAGGAGGUCAAUGUUGGAGAGAGGAGGAGCGAACCGCCAUGAGGUGCCUGUUGUACCUGGUGUCCGGCGUGGCACUGUGCCUCACACUGCCAGGACGUGAGGUGCUCGCCACGAACACUGACCACAAUAAUAGUAACACCAAUGUCAAGAUGUUCCAGGGGCUGUUCCAGCAACGGCGGGCGGAACACAAGGCUGCAGUGGAGACCAUCCUCACCUUUGAGAACGAGAAGCAGCACAAGAUGGUGAACAUCAUUGCCAGCAAGGCAUUUGAGGUGCUGGAGCAGAGCCAGGUGAGGUUGCGGGAGGCUGGCUACAUCCCUGGCAUGGACUUCCCGGAGGAUGAAAAAGUGAGAGAUGCGUUAUCCCAGACCUUGGAGAACACAGCAUUUCUGGGUGAAAUCUUGCUGCACCUGCCAGACCUGACCCACCAGCUGCUGCGUCAGAACAAGCCCUGGCAGCUGCUCCUUACAUGGGGACUCUUCUUUGCCACACAGUCCAAGUUUCUUGACAAGAACACAAACAGUUUUAUCUACCUGGUAUCUCAAGAGCUGGGUGUGGCCGAGAGAGACCCUCACUUCACUAACCCUUACUCGAGGCGCCACAGUAAGCACCCAGCAGGACCCUCACCAGGAGCCUCACAGUCGUCCAGUGGCAGCAACAAACCCAAGAAGAAAAAGUCAUUCAAGAAAGGCCCGCACCUCUCACGGCAGUUUGGGGACUUGUGACUUCAAGAUGUUUAGCUGCACGUAGCUUCCCUUGCUGCCCGUCACUGAGAAGCAUCUGCAACAAACAGUCUGGGGUGUGUUCACAUGUUCAUAUCCCUUGCAACAUUGUGAAAGUGAAUUUGAAUAUGUUAUUUAGUGAUGAAUGUAACAAUUUUUGGUGUACCGUACAGUCUCUGUGCCAUGAAGCGUGAAGGUCAUACAGGUGAGCUGGACCUUCUCAGGUGUUCUCUGCAGUCAGUCCCGGAUGUGUGAGGCUGGUUGUUGCAGUGGUUCCUGUGUGGCAGCAGUGUAAGGGGCAUGUUGUUAUAGUUGACUCACAGCAAUAUUGUUUGGUUGACUAGGUAGUCCAGUGUUGUUUGGGACUCCUCGUGUGUGUGUGUGUGUGUGUGUGUGUGUGUGUGUGUGUGUGUGUGUGUGUGUGUGUGUGUGUGUGUGUGUGUGUGUGUGUGUGUGUGUGUUCCCAGCACAAAGGUGUGGGUGAGAGAAAUUGUGUUUCCUCUGCUGAAAAAUAAAGCCUUUCAUGUUUGUA